AACUGUGAUGACCGAAGCGCUGGUAUAAAAUAUUUUCAUUCAUUUUUUAGCUGUUCAUGGUAUUUGAUUGUUUUGCUGUAAUUUUUAGAUAUUUUUGUUUUUUUCCUUCUCAUACCAUUAAAACACGAAAAGACAUUUUGUUGAUCAUAACAUUAAGUCGGUUUUCUUAGAAACAUUGUUGUUUGAAUACUGAUGACUGUAUAAUGUAUAUAUUAUUCAUAACGCAGUGUGAGUUCCUCAAAGGAGUGAGAGGAGCCCACGCUCCACCACUAUUUUCAACAGAGCUCAGGGGAAUAUCUCCGUAUCUCCGUGGAUGCACUUCGAUUUCCAUGGUCAUCAACGACAAUGCAAAAACAUAAAAACGCCUUUGAGACGAGCUUAGACCUGACAUCUUUUCCUAGCUUUCAUGAUGCGUGACCUCGUUUUGAUACUACAACUGCAAUCCACACCAACUUAACAAUACAUCAAUUAUUUUUAAAAAUUGUGUUCUCAUUUAUAAUUUAGAAACAUAUUUAAACUAUAUAUAAUUUAUAAAUACUGCUGUUAGAAAAUAAAAAAGAAAAGAAACUCGAACUUCUGACAGCGAAGAUAGAUCACGUUAUUGAUGUCAACAUGAAGCAAGAGUUUCAGUGCAGUCACAUUUUACUGAGAUAUCAUGUGCUAUCAGAAUUUCACAAGCCAAUCUGGCCGAUCAUUAAACCUAUCCUGCUCACCCUUCUUCGUUGUGUGUUUGCCAUCUACCUUAUCGUUUUCAUGACUAUCAGUAUUGCAUGGGAUCAUAAAUCACCACGAUGGUUAACAUUUGCAACAAGUUGGAACUACAUCCUGGUGUUGUUAUACUUUGUGUAUGCAUUCUUCAUAUCUGUGUUUCUUCCCUCAAAAGAUGAACCUUCAGUUUCAAUGUCUGCUCUUCAAAACGGCAAUUCCAUCGACAUCGAAGACAGUCGACGAAUUGGUGAUAAUUUACCCAUCAGCGUGAAAAUAUUCUGGGUUUUUUUCAACAUCGCUCUGACUUUAUGUACCAGUGUUGUGUUGAUAUACUGGGUACUUCUGCACGACUAUAACACUAAUUUAAAAGCUGACUUAGACACCUAUUUGAACUUUGACCGCCAUGGCAUCAAUUUAGUACUACUGAUUAUUGACUUCUGGUUUCAUCAUAUACCUCUUCGAUUUCUUCACUUUGUUUAUCCGCUUCUUGUAUCACUUAUAUAUCUUGUUUUUAACGUAGUGUAUUGGGCCAUCACAGAUGAACUAAUCUAUAGCGCAAUUGAUUGGGAUAAUGAUUUAGGAAUGGCGAUUGGUUAUUCGAUAGGUAACCUGGUGCUGAUUAUUAUUGCGCAUUUUCUUUGGUACUGGAUCAAUCAAGGUAAACGAAAGAUCAGGAAAGCUCAACAGGAAGCACAUUACGUGGCGUGAUACAUCAAGAUUCCACUAUGUUGCGGACAAUAGAGACUAUUCAGAACGAGACGUCUAUCCUUUUUAAUACCUUUUUAUCCCCAAGAGAGUAAAUUUUCCAAUGUCUGGAAAACAACUGAUGUUUCUAUAUUUUCUGAUAUCAAUUAUUUAUUAUUUAAUAAUUUUUUAAAUUCUUGUUAUUUAUUUAUUUAUUUAUUUGUUAAUCCAAGUUACAUAUCAUAUCUACAAUAAAAAUUUUUACAUCACCUAACAACUUGUAAUGUCUAACA